AUGCUCAAGAUCCCAUUGCAACAACAGCAGUUGCGGCAACAGCGGCUGCAGCUCAACAGCAGCAACAGCGGCAGAAGCAGCGCCGUGCCCGUCAAAGGCCCUUUUGGGGGGCCCUUGAUGGAACGGAAAGGACAGGUAGGCGCUGCAGCCGCAGGAGCUGCAGCAGCAGGCGCAGCAACGGGAGCAGCCCCAGCUGCUGCUGCAGAAAAUAGUGCAGCAGCGGAGGCAAGGUCAGCUGCAGCAGUGCGUUUCUGUGCUACAUGGGGCCUAGUGUGCUCCUGCUCUAACCCUCAGUCGUGCAGCAGCAUAACGGCAGCAGCAGCGGCAGCGGCAGCAGCCGAUGUCUCUCUUGGCACCCCUGCAGCAGCGGCAGCAGCAGAAGCUGCUGCUGCAGCAGCCGAAGGGUUCACCAAAGUGUCGCUGCGCAUUUGCUCACGUUGGCGCCAUGCUUGGUGGAAUCAGCACCAGCCUACUGCUGCUGCUGCGGGAGUCCGUGAAGGUGGAGCAGCGGCCGUUGAAGCAGAUUCCGCACUGGAAGCUCUCACCUCAGGUGCAGAGCUGAUGCAGCAAGACGACGGCGAAGGAGAGUGCCUUCUCCUGCUGCAUAAGGACAGCAGCGGCAGUGGCAUCAGCAGUAGCAGCAGUCGCAGUGAAGAUUCCUACAUCUGCGGCUUCCUGGUGCAGUUGUCCUCUAGCAUCUACUAUAGGGGUUUGCUGCUGUCUUCUGACCUUCAUGGACCUCUCCGCGACAGCGCAGCUGCUGCCACAAGUGUUGCUGCAGUGCUUGGCGGCAGCAGCAAAAGCAGCAGCAACUGCAGCAAAGUGGUGCUCGUGCUGCAUCGCGCCCGGCCCCGCUCUGAUUCGGCUCCAGACCCUCCCGGAGCAGGAGAAACCGCAACAGCAGCAUCUGGGGGGACAGAGCUGCUGCUGACGCUGGUUUUGAGGAGCAGCAAUCUGUUGUGUAUACCGCUGUGUCGCCCCAUUGUGCUGCAGCCGGUGUCUCCUGCUGCUGCUGCCCGAAGCAUUUUCGCUGCUGCGCUGCAGCAGCAGCGAGUGCACCAGCAGCUUCUGGAGAGCUUUCGCGCUGCUACAACGGACGCGUUGCAGCAACUUCAGGACAAUGUACGAAGCAUGGAGUCCGCUGCUGCUGCAGCGCAGCAUCAACGGGAGCUGCUGCUGCUGGGUUGCUGCAGGCUGCUCAACGAAAAGAAACGACGCUGCCGUCACUUGCAGCAGCAGCUGUUGCUGCUGCAACAAAAGGAAGAGCAGGAGCAGCACAGCGAUACCAAGCCACUUCAGCAGCAAGAGCCCGUGCAGCAGCAACAGCAACAGCAACAGCAACCGCAACAGCAGAGGCGGAGAACCCCCACAAGGGCCAAGGUAAAACAGAAAGCUAUUAUGGUUGCUGCAGGGAGUCCAUGUGCUGCCGCUGCUGAGCGUGCAGCGGGCAGCAGCAACAGCAUCGGCAGUGCGUUAGUGAGCAGGCGAUGUGCUGCACCAGAUGCUGCACGAAACCAUGCGGCAGCAGCAACGACCGACGCAGCAGUGCCAACACGAACAGCGGCAGCAGCAGCAGCUACUGCCGAUGCUCGAGUCGUAGCACCGGCAGCUGAUGACGCUCACGGAGCAGCAGCAGCAUCGACAGCACCAGCGGAGGUUGCUGAUGCUGCUACAGCGGUAGUUGCUGCAGCGGCAGCACGAGCUGGUGCUGCCGAUGCUGCUACAGCAACUGCUGCUGCUAAUACUUCGUCUUUAUUGUCAAAGAACGUGCUCAUUUCAACACCAGAAUUGCUGCCACUAGCGCUGCAACAAAUCUGUGUCAAGGCGGAGCCUACGCAAGAGCCUGCAGGCCGCAUGCAGCAGCAAUGCGAGCAACAGAAAACGCUGCAGCAGCAGAUGGAGCAGCAGCAGCAACCACAGCAUCAGCAAGCACUGCAGCAACGAGCAUUGCAGCAGCAAGUGGAACAAGACGCGCAACACAAGCAGCAGCGGCAAGGGGGAGAAGCAAACUCCCUGCAGCAGCUGCUGCUACAACUGCUUAGCCAGCAGCAGCAGUCGCCAGCCGAAUGCGCUGAACCGUCGCAGCAGCAGCAGCACGACGAGCUGCAGCACGAGCAGAAGAGGCAGCUGCAACUGGAGGAAAAGCAAAGCAACGAGCAGCAAUCGCACGAGCAGCAGCCGGAGCAGCAGCAACUGCAGCACGAAUCGACAGAUACGGAGAGUGCUUCGGAGGAGACACUGCCGCUGACGCAGAGGCUGCAGGAGACUGAAGAAGGAGACGCACAGGAGUACGACGGGCUGCCACCGCACGACGCCCCUGCUGCUGCUGCUUCAGCUGUUACUGGUGCUGCGUUUCGUGCCUGCCCUGUUGCUACUGCAGAAGCAGAUGCCUCCAAGCGGCGGCGGCACUCUCAGGGAGAGCAGGAGCAGCAACGGCAACAGCAACAGGAACAGCAACACCAGGUGCGGCAGAAAGACCAACAGCAAGAACAGGUGCUGCAGCAAGAGCAGCGGCAGCAACAUCAGGCGCUGCAAGAGCAGCAGCAAGAACAGCAGGCGCUGCAGCAAGAGCGGCAGCAGCGGACAGGUCCUUUAUGGCGGCGCAAACGCAGUUUUACUUUCCUCUAA